ACAUAGUGAAAAUAAUUGGUCUUCACAUGUUUCUUAAAAUAGUAAGAUUUAAUAUUUAAUUUAUACAUCGUUGAUUUUAAGAUGGUAAUAUCAUUUUCAAUCUCAUUAAUAAUUGAAUCGUAAUAGUUUAUUUCAAUAAUUUAACCUUUAUAACCAACUUCCGCCGGUUUACAAUUUACUUUGCACAACCUCAAUAAUCUCGAUCUUUCUGAUUGAGAGUGACUCAAGUGUUCGUAAAGGCUAAUUAUAAAAACGUGACAAGAUGUUUGGCGGUGGGCAAGCUCCUAUAUUAGUUCUCAGUCAAAAUACAAAGAGAGAUGCUGGUAAAAAAGUCCAAUUGGAUAACAUUAACGCUGGCAAGGCUAUUGCUGAUGUUAUUCGCACAUGCUUGGGACCUCAAGCAAUGCUUAAAAUGUUGAUGGAUCCAAUGGGUGGAAUCGUAAUGACGAAUGAUGGCAAUGCUAUUUUGCGAGAAAUCACUGUUCAACAUCCCGCAGCAAAGAGUAUGAUUGAAAUUGCGAGAACACAAGAUGAGGAGGUAGGAGAUGGUACAACUUCUGUAAUAGUUCUUGCUGGGGAAAUGCUUGCUGUUGCUGAACAGUUCCUAACUCAACAAAUGCACCCAACAGUUAUUAUUCGUAGCUAUAGACAAGCAUUGGAAGAUAUUGUUAGUUUAUUACAAUCAGAAAUCAGUAUUGCUUUGGAUCCCAAUGAUCAUGAAAAAUUAGCUGAUGUUGUACGCUCAUGCGUUGGGACCAAAUUUAUUGGCCGCUGGUCAGAAUUGGCAGUUAAAAUAGCUCUUGAAGCUGUACAGACUGUUAAAAUGACUGAAAAUGGAAGGACAGAAAUUGAUAUUAAAAGAUAUGCAAAAGUUGAAAAGAUUCCUGGUGGUUCAAUUGAUGAAUCCUGUGUACUCCAAGGAGUUAUGGUUAAUAAAGAUGUCACUCAUCCAAAAAUGAGACGAUAUAUUGAAAAUCCUCGUAUUGUUCUUCUGGAUUGUCCACUUGAAUACAAAAAAGGUGAAAGCCAAACCAAUGUAGAACUACUAGGAGAUCAGGAUUUCACUCGCAUGUUGCAAAUAGAAGAGGAGCAUGUUUCAAGAAUAUGUGACGACAUAAUAGCUGUGAAACCUGAUGUGGUUUUCACUGAAAAGGGUGUGUCAGAUUUAGCACAGCAUUACUUAUUAAAGGCUGGAAUAACUGCUUUGAGAAGAGUGAGGAAAUCAGAUAAUAAUCGUAUUGCACGAGCUUGCGGAGCUACAAUUGUAAAUCGAACAGAAGAACUUAGAGAGAGUGAUGUGGGAACUGGUUGUGGUUUAUUUGAAGUUAAAAAAUUAGGCGAUGAAUACUUCGCUUAUGUUGUAAACUGCAAGGAACCUAAAGCUUGCACCAUCUUACUUCGAGGUGCGUCCAAAGACAUCCUAAAUGAAACCGAAAGAAAUCUCAAGGAUGCUCUGCAUGUUGCUCGCAAUAUAGUUUUGGAACCACGGUUAGUACCAGGAGGUGGUGCUGUUGAAAUGGCUCUAUCUCAAGCAUUGAAUCGUAAAGGACAGCAUGGACCUUAUAAAGCCGUAGCUCAAGCUUUAGAAAUCAUUCCUCGAACAUUAGCACAAAAUUGUGGUGCCAACACCAUUAGAACCUUAACAAGCUUGCGUGCAAAACAUGCAUCACAUGGCGGUUCUGGGGCUGCUGCAGGUCCUUGUGCUUGGGGAAUUGAUGGUGAAACUGGUGACAUUGUGGACAUGAAUGUUCGUGGUAUUUGGGAACCUUUGUCUGUAAAAAUGCAGACUUAUAAAACUGCUGUUGAAACAGCAAUAUUAUUGCUUCGUAUUGAUGAUAUUGUAUCUGGAUCUAAGAAGAAGGGAGGUGGUGCGCAGGAUGUUGCUACACCAAGUCAAGUUGCAGCUGCACAAGAAUAAUUUUCUGCAUUUGUCUUUUACUUUAUUUUGCAUAGCUUCACAAAACAUAAUUCACUGCUUAGUUUU